CCUCCCAACCUCAUCACGCUGUGAACUCCCUCCAGGGAAGCAAGCACCUUUGCUGCGACUGCCAAGUCGAGAGAGAUGCAAUGGCAGCCGUCGCCGCCACCCACCACGGAAAGGAGCAGCUGCUCCAUGCCAUCCGGGCCACGCCCAUCAUCGACAAUCAUGCGCACCCGCUGCUGAGACGCGAGGCGCUGAGCCGCCACCCGCUGCUGUCCAUUGCCACCGAGGCCCACGGCGAUGCCCUCCACGCCAGUAGGGACAGCCUGGCACACGUGCGCGCCGUGAAGCAACUCUCGGGCGUGCUCGGAUGCGACUCCACCUGGGAGGCCGUCGAGGCCGCCAUCGAGCAGAGGCGCGAGAGUGACUAUGACGCGUGGAUCGCGACCUGUCUGUCUGGCAUCCAAAGCGUCUUGGUGGAUGACGGGCUAGACGGCGCGGGCGAAGCGGAGCCGUACUCCCAUUUCAGCCGGUUCACCGCCAGCGCCGCGAAGAGGAUCGUCAGGAUUGAGCAUGUGGCUGUCCCUCUAAUCGAGGCGGCGUGUACGACAUGCGGUACGGCGCAAGAGUCGUACGAGGCAUUUGAACAGGCGUUCGAAAAGUCCAUCCUGCAGGCCAUCGCGGACCCCGAGGUCGUUGGCUUCAAGUCGGUCAUUUGUUACCGCACGGGUUUGGCCAUCCCGCCGACGCCCGACAGCGAGCUGGCGGUCUCGGCAUUCGAGGGCAUUUUUCGCCAGAGGCAAGGCCCUAACGCGACGGCCUUUGCAAGGGUCCAUCAUCGAGGUCUUAAUGAGCAUCUCGUGCACCUUGUUGCGGGCCUCGUCAGCGACAGUCGCUGCAGCAAGCCCAUUCAAUUCCACACCGGGUUGGGGGACAACGACAUCACUUUGACGACGUCGUCACCCUCUCACCUGCAGGCUUUCAUCGAAGCGUAUCCCACGGUCCCGAUCGUCUUGCUACACUCCGGCUACCCGUUUGCCCGCGAGACUGGAUACUUGGCGGCCAUGUACGCCAACGUUUAUGCCGACAUUGGAGAGGUGUUCCCGUUCCUCAGCAGGGAUGGGCAGGAGAAGGUUGUGCGACACAUGCUUGAACUCUGCCCCACGUCCAAGAUCCUAUGGAGUACCGACGGCCAUUGGUUCCCAGAGACGUACCUGCUCGCCGUGACGCAAAUGCGAGAGGUGUUGGAGACGGUGCUGUGCGACUAUGUUGGCAGGGGCGACCUGAGCUGGACGCAGGCCAUCGGCCUUGUUGAGCAUGUCCUCUUUCACAACGCCAACAGGAUCUACGACCUGAAGCUGAAGAUGCAGCCGCAGACGUCGCCGGAGUUGGUGUCGAGAGGGGUUGCGCCUCGGUCCAUAGUCUUGAACCUAGACGACUCCAUUCGGUUCCUGCGGGUUUGCUGGAACGACAUGACGGCCACGCCGCGGAUGCGCGCCAUCCCCAUGCGUCGCGUGCGGUCCAUGCUCCAGAACAAUGAAGACUUUUCCUUUGGUAUCACAAAGGCUUGCUUGGGGAUGACGUACGCGGGGGAGCGGGCACCGGGGGCCAGUGCCGUGGGGGAGUGGCGUCUGCAUCCAGACCUUGGCAGCCUCCGCCUCGGGCCCCGAGCAGGACACGUUACGGUGAUGGCCGACUUUAGAGAGCAGGACGGCUCGACUGUUCCGCUGUGCCCAAGAUCGGCGUUGAAGCGAGCCGUCGAAAUGGCGAGCGUCGCGGGCUUGACGUUGGCGAUUGGCUUCGAGGUCGAGGUCGUCAUCCUCGAUGUCAGCGAGGGCGGCCAGUACGAGCCACUCCGAGGAGUCGGUCAUCAAUGGUGCAUUGCGCGGGUGAUGGACCAUGAAGUAGUUGCUACUGUCAUUGAGACUGCGAUCGAGCGGUUGGAGGCGGCGGGCGUGUACGUGGAGAUGGUGCACGCCGAGAGCGCCAGCGCACAGUACGAGAUUGUAUUGCCCAAGGCGACGCCCCUCGAGGCAGUGGACACGCUGCUCUUUGCCCGGGAUGUCAUAUCAUGCUGUGCGACAGCGCGUGGAUACAAGGCCACCCUCCACCCGAAGCCGUUUGGAGACGACUGCGGGACCGGAAGCCACGUCCACAUGUCCAUCUCGUCACCCGGGGGCUCGCAAAGGGACGUCUACGAACCCUUCUACGCCGGCAUCCUGUCCCACCUCCAGGCGAUAGCGGCCCUGACGUACAGCAACGCCGCGAGCUACGAGCGCGUGAGAGACGGGUGGUGGGCGGGUGGCACGUGGGUUACGUGGGGGACCCAGAACCGAGAGGCGCCGCUGCGGAAAGUCGACGGGAGCCACUGGGAGCUCAAGUGCGUCGACGGCAUGGCCAACCCGUACCUGGCCAUGUCGGCCAUCAUCCUGGCCGGGCUGGACGGCGUGACGAGCAACACGCCGCUGAGAUGGAAAGACUGCGUACACGAGCCGCACACUCUUUCCGACGAGGAGAGGCGGCGUCUCGGGAUCACAGAAAGGCUGCCCUCCAAUCUCCCGCAGGCCUUGUCUGCGCUUCGGGACGACCGCGCCCUGCGUGGCUUGCUUGGCGACGAUCUGGUGGAGAGGUAUGUGGCUGUCAAGGAGAUCGAGAUGGCGUUUCUCGAGAAGAUGGACAGCGAGUCACGGAGGGGGUGGCUGCUCGAACGAUAUUAGCUCGGGGGAGACCAAUGUCUGGCACACGAAGAUGAUGUUGGCGGGAAACUUGGAACAAAUGCUAUAGACAGCUCCAUUUGACGCGGCACUUGUUGGCGCUUGCUUGGACACCAAAGGGCAAGUGGGCAUAGAAUUGGGCUGUCCCACCACGCAGGGCAUGACAAGGUGUCUAGAUCUAUGAGUGUGCAUACAGGUCCCAUCUCAAAUGCGGGUCUUCUACCGCGUCGUCG